AGUCCCCCAACCCCGCGCCGCCGCCCAGGAUGUGGUGGGACGAGCGGGUGUCGGCUCGGUUCCGGAGGAACCUGCAGCCCACCCUCACCUACUGGAGCGUCUUCUUCAGCUUCGGCCUCUGCAUCGCCUUCCUGGGGCCCACGCUGCUGGACCUGCGCUGCCAGACCCAGAGCUCCCUCUCCCAGAUCACUUGGGUCUUCUUCUCCCAGCAGUUCUGCCUCCUGCUCGGCAGCUGCCUCGGAGGGGUCUUCAAGAGGACGUUGGCUCAGUCCCUGUUUGCACUCUUUGCCUCAUCACUGGCCAUCUCCUUGGUCUUUGCCAUCAUCCCUCUGUGCCACAAUGUGGUGGUCCUGGCUGUGGUCAUGGCUGUGGCAGGGCUGGCCAUGGGCUGCAUCGACACCAUUUCCAACAUGCAGCUGGUGAAGAUCUACCAGAAGGACUCUGCCAUCUUCCUGCAGGCCCUCCAUUUCUUCGUGGGCUUUGGGGCACUGCUGAGCCCCCUGAUAGCUGACCCCUUCCUCUCAGACACCAACUGCAUCCUCUCCAACUCCACAGCCAAUGCCUCCAGCAACCUCCCUCACAUCCGCCAGUCCCUGCUCCCUCCCCACCCAGGGAACCUCUCCCACUACGACCUGCCCAUGAGGGGCAUGGUGGUCACCCGGGUCUCCUAUGCCUUCUGGAUCAUGGCCCUCAUCAAUCUGCCAGUGCCCAUUGCUGUGUUCUUCUUGCUCUACAAGGAGCGGAUGGUGCCCUGCUUUGGCAGCAGCAGCCACCCACUGCUGUCGGCCGACGAGCUGGCGAUGGAGACGCGGCCCACGGAGAAGGACGACCUCUCCACCACCAUGCAGAGAGCCCAGGCAGCAGCAGGUCAUGAUGACUUAUUUAGCUGCUGCCAAAGCAAAAACUUCAGAGGGGCUUCUUACACCUACUUUGCAGUGCACAUCACUGGGGCUCUUGUUCUCUUCAUGACUGAUGGGAUUGUGGGGGAGUACUCAGGCUUCGUUUACAGCUAUGCGGUGGAGGAGCCUCUCUCCGUGGUGCACAAAGUGGCUGGCUACCUGCCCAGCCUCUUCUGGGGCUUCAUCACCCUGGGCAGGCUCAUCUCCAUCCCUGUGUCCUACAGAAUGAAGCCAGCAACCAUGGUCUUCAUCAACGUGGUUGGAGUCCUGAUUACCUUCCUCCUGCUCCUCAUCUUCUCCCACAGUGUUGUCUUCCUGUUUGUGGGGACAGCAUCCCUGGGGCUGUUCCUCAGCAGCACCUUCCCCAGCAUGCUGGCAUACACUGAGGACAUCCUGCAGUACAAAGGCUGUGCCACAACCGUGCUGGUGACUGGAGCUGGGAUUGGAGAGAUGGUGCUGCAGCUCCUGGUGGGAUCGAUUAUACAUGAUCAGGGCAGCUACAGUUUCCUGGUCUGUGGGAUGAUCUUUGGAGGCUUGGCCUUUACCUUCUAUGCUCUGCUGUUGUUUUUCCACAGGAUGUACCCCAAGCCCUCUUCAGAUGUGGAUGAAGCCUCACCUGACAAAGCAGCAGCCAUGGAUGACACUGGGCAGUACCAACGUUAAAGCAGUGGCCAAGCUCCAGCCAAGCAAUAAAAACCAAGCCACCACUUUAAGCAUCACUGUUAAGGAUGAUUUCAGAUGCAAUGGACUGAAUCAUGCAAGUUCUCUGCAAUCAAAAGCACAGCAGCUUGGGUAAGUCAGAAUCAAGACCACAUCCCCCAGCACUGCGUUGAGCUAAGCACAAGCUGCCCCCCUCCCAGGUACCAAACAGAGACUGGCAGCAGCAGGUGGAGCCUGUGGCUGGAGGGCUGCAGGGCAUGGCAGGGAGGAGGGGAGAAGAGGUGCUCCUGGAAAUGGACUUCCUCACCAGAUCAGGAUGGAUGGGUGAGAAGGAAGCAGCAGCUGCUCCUGGAAACGAACUUCCUCCCCAGUGGGGUCAGGAAAGAAGAGGUUCUCUGAUCUGACUGAAGAUCUCCUGCCCUCACUCACUGGACUUCAGAGAUCUCUUGGGCCUCUUCCACAGCAUCUCUACAACUCACAGCACAACCUUGGGGUUGAAUUCAUUUUGGUUUUUCUACAACAGACUCAAUGUCACCUCCAAA